AACGCUAUUCACCCCCCCUCUAGCGUUGGGCCUUUAUUCUAACAAUUGGUAUCGGAGCCUUACUCUCUGUAAGACUUAACCGUUUGAGAGAAACGAUCAAUGGUUUCUACUCAAAGUUCAUACGCAGGUUUAGGUGAAGGGCAAUCCACCACAAGGCCUCCGUUGUUUGACGGAACGAACUACACCUAUUGGAAGAAGCAGAUGAGGAUUUACAUCCAAUCCACCAAUUUUCUGCUUUGGAGAAAUAUCAAGAAUGGUGAAGACGUGCCAAUGAAGAAGGUCGGGGAAACCAACGUUCCUAAGACCGAGAACGAGUAUGAUGCACAAGACAUCAAGAAAGUGGAAAACAAUGCCAAGGCCAUCAAUAUCAUCUAUUGUUCCGUAAACCCGGAUGACUACCGGAAGAUAUCUUGUUGCACCACCGCGAAGGAAAUGUGGGAUAAACUAGAAAUCACCUACGAAGGUACGGAUCAAGUCCGAGAAGCUAAAAUUGAUUUUCUAACCCAUGAAUAUGAAUUGUUUUGUAUAAAGGAGAAUGAGAACAUCGAUGAGAUGUUUGAACGAUUCUCCAAAAUCGUCAACGAUCUCCAUGCUCUCAAGAAGACGUACACGGACAAGGAGCUUGUGAGAAAAAUCCUGCGAAGUCUCACACCGGAGUGGCGGUCCAAAGCCGAUGCCAUCCAAGAGUGCAUUGGUGUCACUAACGUCACCAUUGACGGGCUUAGAGGUAACCUCAAAACCUAUGAGUCUACCAUUUUAUUCCCCUCUUUAGGUGAACAAAAGAAGAAGGGGAUUGCACUCAAGGCUUCCUCAAGCCAAGAACCCGCCAUGGAGGAAUCAAGCGAUGAAGACAAUGAGUUCGGGCUUGUCAUCAAGAAAUUCCACAAGUUCAUGCGCAAGGAGUAUGAACGAAAGGGUAAAAAGCAUGGAGGACCACCCAAGUGCUAUGGAUGUGGAGAAGUUGGGCAUAUCAAGCCAAAAUGCCCAAAUGCCAAAAACGAGAAGGAGAAGAAACCAUUCAAGAAGCACCGAGCUUACAUCUCGUGGGGAGGUGAUUCCGGCGAAGAAUCAUCGGAAGGUGAAGAAAAUGAAAGCGCCAACCUUUGCCUCAUGGCACACGAGGAACCACCGGAAGAGGUGUCAAAGGCAGGGGGAACAAAAGGUCAAAGAAAAAGAUCCCGCACCGGCAAGAACGUGGCUUCUUCCUCGGCUCCUUCACCACCGGCGCACAAGUACCUCGAUGGGUCGUUCCUUUGGUUCAACGACCACGUAGAGGCAACGCGGUUCUCGGAGAAAUUUGAGCACCGGGAGAUUCUCCCUCCCCGAUUCUCCACCGCCCGCUUCAUUCAUGACUCCAUUCCACGUGAGGUACGGAUUAUCCUCGAACGUGGAAACUUCCUUGAUCUCCUCUACAUCAAGAAGGUCAACUAUCAACCCUUUCUUGUUCGAGCUUUCUACUCGAACUUGAAAAAGGAUGAGGACGGAGCAUUGAUCUCUAACGUCAACGGGGUGGACAUUUAUUUGAAUGAGGAAAACAAUCAAAUCCUCACCGGGCUUCGACGGGAUGGACAGGAUCUCGGGCUCUACGUCGGAGAAGAAGGAGCACGGUUCAACGAGACCGCCCUCUUGGAGGAAGUGGGCAUCCGAAACUUCGUCCCCACUCCUCAACAGCGGCGUCCUACGAUUUCUUCCAUGAGUCCCGUGUAUCGAUUCAUCUUCUAUGUGUUGACACGGAUCCUCAAGCCCAGGAAGUUCAACCACACCACUCUCUCCCAAGAAGACACGAAGACGAUCCAUGCGAUGAUUCACAACGCCAAUAUUAAUUGGUGUAAAUUUGUGAUGAUCCACAUGUUCAACGCCACCUCCGACAACCGGCCGCUCCCCUACGCCCUCCUUGUCAUGGCGAUUCUUGAAGAAUAUAACAUCAAAACCGAUGUUGGGCCAAAGAUAAAGGGGACAAAGCAUUGGGAGAUUGAUGAAUCCUCUUUCCACUCGGGCACCGACGAGACUCCGUUUCGACAGCCUCGUCCACGCCGACAACCGAGAGCCACUGCCUCAGCCGCCACCACUUCGACCAAUCCUUCUCUCGCCGAGCAAAUGGCAGCCUUAACCGCCACUCUCUCUCGGAUUGACACCAACGUCUCCAAAAUGGCACACAACGUCAAUACCUUGAGCCGUGAACUUCACGGGUAUUUUGACUUUGUCAAUUACCCGUACGCUCAAAUGGUCCCUUACGUUCCUCCACCGAAUUUCGGAGGUGAACAAAGUGGGACUCAAAACGUUGGUAGAGAUGACGAGGUGGACGAUGAGGAAGAAGAAGAAGAAGAAGAAGAUGAUGAUGAUGAUGAUGAUGAUGAUGAUGAUGAUGAUCAUGAUGAUGAUGAUGGCGAUGGUGAUGAAGAUGACGAAGAAGAAGAAGAAGACAUUGACGAAGAACAACUUCUCAAUGAUCUUUCCCCGGAUUUCUAGAGCUCUAGCUCUACUUUCUUCUCUUCCUUAUUUUAUCAUCUUUUAAUAUGCUUUCGUUAUGUACUCCGCUAUUUCCCUUAAUUAAUUAAUAAAAAUCUUUAUGAUUU